UUGUCGUUUCUGUUUUGUUUCUGAUUUGUCGGUUUCCACGUUAGUUUAGCGUCAGGGUGUUUGUUGCAGCCGGACCAUGUCGGCCUUCGAAAAGCCUCAGAUUAUCUCCCACGUACAGAAAAGCCUCAACUACACGGUGUUUGAUUGUAAAUGGGUGCCUUGCAGCGCAAAAUUCGUAACCUUGGGCAACUUUGCACGGGGAACCGGCGUCAUUCAGCUCUACGAGAUCCAGCACGGGGACGUCAAGCUGCUUCGGGAGAUUGAAAAGGCCAAACCCAUUAAAUGUGGAACUUUUGGUGCUGCAUCCUUACAGCAGAGAUACUUAGCUACUGGGGAUUUUGGUGGCAAUCUUCAGAUAUGGAAUUUGGAAGCUCCAGAGACCCCAGUAUAUUCAGUCAAAAGCCACAAGGAAAUCAUAAAUUCGAUCGAUGGUGUAGGUGGGCUAGGAAUCGGGGAAGGAGCACCUGAAAUUGUGACUGGCAGCCGAGAUGGAACUGUGAAAGUUUGGGACCCAAGGCAAAAAGAUGAUCCUGUUGCUAACAUGGAACCUGUUCAAGGAGAAAAUAAAAGAGACUGUUGGACUGUGGCAUUUGGCAAUGCUUAUAACCAGGAGGAACGUGUUGUUUGUGCCGGCUAUGACAAUGGGGAUAUCAAACUGUUUGACCUCAGAAAUAUGUCGUUGCGAUGGGAAACAAACAUAAAGAAUGGGGUAUGUAGCUUGGAGUUUGACAGAAAAGACAUAAGUAUGAAUAAGUUAAUAGCUACAUCUCUGGAAGGGAAGUUUCAUGUUUUUGACAUGAGGACACAGCAUCCAACCAAAGGUUUUGCUUCUGUUUCAGAGAAGGCUCAUAAAUCCACUGUGUGGCAGGUUCGACACCUGCCCCAGAACAGAGAGGUCUUUCUGACAGCGGGAGGUGCCGGCGCCCUUCACCUCUGGAAGUACGAAUACCCUGCUCAGCGAUCAAAGAAAGACUCUGAGGGAGUAGAGAUGGGUGUCGCAGGAUCUGUCAGCCUUCUGCAGAAUGUUAUGUUGUCUACCCAACCCAUAUCAAGCUUGGACUGGAGUCCCGAUAAAAGGGGUCUUUGCAUCUGUAGUUCAUUUGAUCAGAUGGUCAGAGUACUGAUUAUUACAAAGCUCAACAAAGUUUGACCUGAAGACUUUGGACUUAGAACCUUCCAGAAUAAUUUUAUAAUUUAGAGUAUAUUCUUGGACCCUCAAACCCUCUGAAGGAAAUUGGAUUUUGACUGUUGGAAAAAGCCCCCAGAUGUGGACCGUGGGACUGGCUGUUGGGGUGUAAAUUCCGGGCCCUGUGAUCCCAUGAUGGACAGACACUGCUGUAAACACAGCAUCAGUACCAGCUCAGCGCCCACCUUUUCUACUAAAAAGUAUGGUUUCAAUAUGCAUUGAGAGAUUUCAGUGUCAGCAAGUUCCUUGAGAGAGAAUCUUAUGAACAUGGUCAGACUGAAUCUGUCAACUGUUGCUGCAGUAUAACUCAGAAUGAAAUGCCAUGAUUUACAUCGACCUGUUUUUACAACACAUAGGGAGUUGCCUUGCACUCAGCUGAUCUGGAUUCGAGCCCCAACACCCCAUAUGGUCCCCUGAAUACUGCUGGGUGUGGCACAAACACAGAACAGGGAUUGGGGGCUAGAGAUAGUACCGUGGGUAAGGCACUUAGCCUUGCAUGCACUCAGUCUGGGUUCCAUCCCUAACAUUUCAUAUGGCCCCCGAGCUCCACUAGGAGUGAUCCUUCACUGCAGAACCUGAGCACCUUCAGUUGUGGCCUCAAUCCCCUCAC